AUGGCUAUGGGGCUGUGUCGAAACGACCACGGCCUCUGGCCACACAUCGCUACAAUUUUACAGAUCAAUUUGAGUCAAAUGGCCGUCAAGAAGUUGAAACUUGGCAACCCUGACAAUUUUGAGGUUGCUGAAGUCUUCUGUUCUGGUGGCCAGCUGUGCAAAGAGCGGUGUGUGGAGGCCACUGAGAAUCCUGUUAGAAUUCAACUUCUCUGGCCAAAAGUGCUCAAUGAAGACAGUUACUCCAGCCAAGGCUCAACUGGCUACCGAUUUUACAUCAGAAAAAAAGACGUGGAGUUUAAUAGUCGAAGUCUUUCUUGGUUAGAUUAUAAGCAUCCUAGUCCUGUUGAUUCUUUUCUGACCACAUUCCUGAAGCAACCAACCAGUGAUAAGGAGUACCCAGAUUUGUGCAGUUUACCAGAUUUAAAUGAGAAGACGUUGUUAGAAAACAUCAAAGCAAGGUUUUAUAAUGGCAAUAUUUAUACUUAUGUUGGAUCUAUUUUGAUAGCUGUAAAUCCAUUUAAGUUCUUUCCCAUCUAUAACCCCAAAUAUGUAAAGAUGUACCAGUACAAAUGGCUUGGUGAUUUGCCACCGCAUAUUUUUGCAAUAGCAGAUGCUGCUUUUUCCACAAUGUUACGGACCAAAAAGAAUCAGUGUAUUGUGAUAUCUGGAGAGUCAGGCUCAGGGAAAACGGAGAGUACCAACCUCCUUUUACAUCACUUGACUGCUUUAAGUCAAAAAGGAAAUCAUGCCACAGGGGUAGAGCAGACGAUCCUAGGUGCAGGACCAGUGCUGGAGGCAUUUGGAAAUGCAAAAACGGUACAUAAUAAUAAUUCUAGUCGAUUUGGGAAAUUUAUCCAAGUUAAUUACAAGGAAUAUGGAAUGGUCCAUGGUGCUAUUGUUGAAAAAUACCUGCUGGAAAAGUCAAGAAUUGUCUCACAAGCCAAAAACGAAAGGAACUACCAUGUUUUCUAUUACCUCCUCAAAGGAGCUACUAAUGAAGAGCGAGCACAACUCCAUCUAACAAGAGCCAAUGAUUACCAUUAUCUUUCCCAGAGCAACUGUUUUACAGUUGAUGGUGUUGAUGAAGAACAUGAAUUCGCUCGAUUGAAACAGUCGAUGGAAAUGGUAGGAUUUUCCACUGAAAGACAAAACAGAAUUUUUUCUGUCUUGUCUGCUGUUUUGCACCUGGGAAAUGUUGAGUUCAAGAAGAAAGGAGAUCUCCAUCAUGAUGAGUCUGUGGUUAUUAGAAAUGAGCAAGUUAUCACUGUGAUAUCUGACCUGUUGAAGGUGAAGGAGAAAACUCUCAUUGAAGCCUUAACCCAGAAGAGAACAGUUGCUGGAGGAGAGACAGUGUUCAUGAACUACAAGUUGGAAGAUGCAAUUGCUACAAGGGACGCACUUGCAAAAUGUUUAUAUGGUGCGCUGUUUGACUGGAUUGUGUUAAAAGUCAACCACGCCCUCCUCGCCAAACGGCACAACAGUGAACAUCAGGUAGACUUCCCCCCUGCCCCGCCUUGCACCCGGUAUGAUCAGCCUCCCCCUUACACACAGGGGAAUUCUAUUGGAGUUCUGGACAUUUUUGGUUUUGAAGAUUUUCACAAGAACAGUUUUGAGCAGUUCUGCAUCAAUUAUGCUAAUGAACACCUCCAGUACUAUUUCAAUCAACACAUCUUCAAGUUGGAACAGGAAGAGUACCAACGAGAAGGUAUUCAAUGGAAGAACAUUGAAUUUAUUGAUAAUACUGGUUGUCUUGAGCUCUUCUCCAAAAAGCCCAAUGGUCUAUUUUGUCUGCUGGAUGAAGAGUGCAAUUUCCCUGGUGCUAGUAAUGACACUUUGUUGUCAAAAUUUAAUCGUCAUCACAAGGGCAAUCCUUACUAUGAGGUGCCUCAGUUGCGUGAAGGUGUCUUCGUGGUUGUCCAUUAUGCUGGGAAAGUGAAAUACAGCACAGUGGAUUUCCGAGAGAAGAAUUCUGAUCUCAUCCGUACUGACAUAGUUGGAGUUCUCAAAAACAGUAGCUCAGCUUUUGUGAAGGAACUGCUAGGUGUUGAUCCAGUGGCUAUUUUACGUUGGGGUUUGUUGAGGGCAUUCUUUCGUUGUAUUGCUGCCUUUAAUGCUGCUGGGAAAGCAUACCAAAUGGCUGGAAAAAGAAGCCAUGAUAAACCUGUGAUCAAGCAUGAUACCACAUCAUAUCCACAUUAUCGAGACAAUGGUAAACUUAAUGAUAAUUUACUAAGGUCAGAUUUACAAAGGACAUGCUGUGGUAAUUUAGGAAAUAAAUUAUUUAACAGUUUGGAGAGGAAGAACAAGUGUCCAAAGCCAAGAUACCGGCAAAAUGUGAGUUAUCGAGAUGUACGGACAUUGAAGGCAAUUGCAACACGUACCAUGAUUGGUGGUGGCAGAGUACCAUUCAAAAAACAACCUCCAAGUGUCAGUGCUCAGUUCCAAGUAAGUUUCAUGCUUUCUUAA